AGUUGAAGUAAUCUGUGACAAAAUAUAUUCGCCUGCUGCUCGAGUGCAGCGUGAAAAUGUUAGGAACAAAGAUUUUCAUAUUUAUUCUGCUUUGUUACAGAGUUACCGCGGAAGUCAACGAUAGAUACUAUCCACGCUACCACUUGGCCCCGCCGUAUGGAUGGAUGAACGAUCCCAAUGGUUUUAGUGAGUACAAAAAUGAGUACCAUCUAUUUUAUCAAUUCAACCCGAAUAGCAGUUAUGAACCUGGUAUAGCGCACUGGGGUCAUGCCAAAAGUAAAGACCUUUUUAGUUGGGAACAUCUACCUAUUGCAAUGUACCCAGAUCAGUGGUAUGAUAAAGGUGGUGUAUUUUCUGGAAGUGCUAUAGUUGAGGAUGGAAAACUGUAUCUUUAUUAUACCGGCAAUGUUAAUAAACCCGAGGAAUAUCCUGAUCAUGAACAGCACCAAAUACUUGCUAUAAGUACAAAUGGAAUAAAUGUCACGAAACAAGUGAUUAAUCCAAUUAUCAAUGGCUCUGAAUAUCAGCCAGAUUUUCGAGAUCCAAAGGUAUGGAAGCGUGGGAAUAUGUACUAUAUGGUGUUAGGAAACUCUUUUCAGGAUAGCGAGACCAAUAGUACUUUAGGGCGUGCACUUCUCUACACUUCUAAGGAUAAAGUCAAUUGGAACUUCGCCUCAAUUUUGGAUGAAUCUGAUGGAUCUCUGGGAUACAUGUGGGAAUGUCCAGAUUUCUUUGAACUAAAUGGUCGUUUCGUUCUAUUAUUUUCUCCCCAAGGAAUACAGCCAUCUGGAUAUAAGUAUAGGAACUUAUAUCAGACUGGUUAUAUUGUCGGAAAUUUUGAUUAUCAGACUAAUAUAUUUACACCCAUAACUGAAUUUGUUGAAUUGGAUUAUGGCCACGAUUUCUAUGCUACACAAACUAUUCUAGACAAAGCAAAACGUAGAAUAGUAAUUGCUUGGAUGGAUAUGUGGAACCAGAACUAUAUAGAAGCGGAGGAUGGUUUUACUGGUCAAAUGACAAUUCCGAGAGUACUAUCACUUGACAAAUACAACCGUCUUAUUCAAAGACCAGUAAACGAAAUUGAAUCGAUCAGAAGACGUCAAACACGUCACCAAGGAAGUGCACGAGCCGGUGCUGUUAUCAGGCUAAGAGAUAAAGCUGGAGAAAUUCAUAUCACAACAUCGGCAACUAAAGAUUUAGAUAUAUUGAUCCAAUCAUCAAAUGAAUCAAGCACAGUUAUAAUCAGUUACAACUACAAAAGAGGUCUAGUGACUUUAAAUCGUGGAGGCAAAGAUGGCGUCCGUCGUGCUAAAUGGAGACCAAGUGAUAAAUUACAUUUGAAAGCAUAUAUUGAUGCUAGCUCGAUCGAAUUAUUCUUCGGUAAUGGUGAACUUACAUUUUCUAGUAGAUUCUUCCCUACGGGAGCAAUAAAGGUACGGAUAGGAGAUUCAAGUGACGUCGAGUCAUUGACUAUCUUUGACUUACAACGUACAAUUGAUGCCCGUUACGAACUAGAAUCCGAAGAUUAAUCUAUCGCAGUGUUGAUUUUAGAUCUUGUCUAAAUUAUGUAAUAAAAUAUAUUAUGCAA